CGCCGGAAGAGGUUCCUGUUGAGACGCUGCUUGAUGCACACGCCUUUAGCGAGUGGCCUGGAGGCUACAUCGGCGAGGCAUCAAGGGCGCGUUUCUCCGCCACAAUGUAAGGUGCAUCCGCUCUCGACUAUCAUGGCGCAGGGAAAGUGACCGCGUACGGGUCAAGCUGCUGUUUGAUAAUAAGUGCUUCGUCGCCGUGGACUCGGUGGAAUGGCGUGCACGUUUCUUGGCUGUUUCGAUUUGUCCAUCACUACUGCGCACCAGCGGAGCGCCAAUUGCUUUUUAUCAACCCCGUCAGAGAAACCGCAAGCUUUUUAGUGAAGCAAUGAUUUUUAGCUUGGACUUAAGCGUAAUCUACUGCUCUUCCUGGCUAAGAAGGGUAGCGUGUGGCUGGACGAUGUUAGCGCAGCAGCUGUGACGCUCGAUGAGCACGGAAAUUUGCAAGGUUUCGAGGAGAUGCACCCUCUGCUAUUUAUCAAGAACGACAGGUACUUCGGAGAGGAGUUUCGACCGGGUGACGGCCAAGUUCAUGUCUAGUGGUGGUUCCAAUCGCUUACUCCGAGUGGAGUAUUUGUCUGCGUAAAAAUACCGUUGAAGUUAUUCGAGGAACCGCACGUAAAACCCGAGAUUCUACGGAAGUGGCAUGCUGAUGAGAAUCCACGAUGGCUCGAGUCAUUUUGACAGCCUAACGAUGCCGUUCAUAUUACUAACCUAAAGGCCGCUGAGGCUUGCGAUGCCUUUUACGUGGUAUGCGGGGGCCAGGGCGAUUUAAACGAACAGGCGUAUGCUUUUUUGAAAAUCGAAGCGUAACUUUGAAGAUGUGCCUCGUAAAAGACGAUACAUGUAACAAACUGGACAAAGGAUAUGUUGGCGAGUUCAAUAGCACGGGGAGUCUGAUGUUAUACAGCUUUAUCUAUGCAGCACUUUGCGGCAAUGGCAAAUUUUACGCCGACGAAAAAACGCGAGUGGCCGUCAAUACAGUUCUCAGGAAGCGCUGCAAGAACCAGAUGAAUCCUUUUGUUGUUUUCCUUGACAAUUUCCCUUGUUGGAUGAUUUGAAAGCUAGAGAUAAAGAGAAAAAAAAUGGCUAUGAAUGUUCCGAUCCUGUCAGGUUCCGGUUGUGGCCAGUGCCAGGCAGCUCUCCAGAUCUCCAACCACACAUGAGCUCAAUAGCUCGAGCUUGAGGCACUGCAAAGCGAUGCUGGUAAACUGAUUUGGUGGAUUCUUACGCGUGCUCGGUUCGAAGAAACAGGUUCGCACCGAAAAAUUCGUGAUGCUAUCCGGCGUGGGCCUAACAACAUCUCACAAUGGAUUCAGGAAAGCCGUUUUAAUAGAGUUUGAAGAACAGAUCGAUUGAUACUUCUUUCAAGAUUAAAGAAUGAAAACGCGAGAACAAAUGUCUGAGGAUGAAAAAAACGUGUGAA